AUGCCUGAUAUUAUUAUAUUAUACGUUUUUUCUUAUAGUUCCUCCACUGAUCCACUUACAGUUAGAGUAGCCGGUACUCAGACUGUGUCCAAAUAUUGUGAACGCUCUUACGACGAAGUUCGCAUUCACUUAGUGCUAUACCGCUAUCCGGGCUAUGCAACUGAUGUUCUCGUCUAUGUUAAUGAUCCACUACAUUCUUUUCAGUAG